AGAUUGGGCACGAAUGACGUCAGCAGCUUGUUUCUGACGCAAUCAUCCAAAACAAAAUGGCCGCAGAAGCAGCAGCGGAGAUUGCAGUUCCGGCGUGCAGUGGUUGUAAUACUUUAGAGAAGAAUGAAGUAAUACAAUGACUUGUCACUCACAGUAGUUGUAGUCUUUGCUCCUGGAGACUAAUGCAUUCAAAUGGUGGAUAGUAUGGUUGUAGAGAACGGUGUUGAGCCUUUAUUUGUAGUCGGCGGCAGUGAUGGAUUCCUCGCGGACAUGGUUGACAGUCCUAUGUUGUUUGGACAGGGUGACCCAGAUAUUUUCUUUCAUCGGGUUGAUUCGGAUCAAAUCAUCUACCAGCCACGGCGAAAGAGAGCUAAGCUUAUAGGAAAAUUUUUGAUGGGGGAUGCCUUGGGCGAAGGUUCUUACGGAAAAGUGAAGGAAAUGUUGGACAGCGAGAAUCUUCGUCGAUGCGCGGUGAAAAUUAUGAAACGAAGAAAACUUCGAAGGAUUCCAAACGGAGAACAGAAUGUUCAAAGGUGAAGGCUCAGAAUUGAUCCGUGUAAAAUUUGUUUCCAAGUUGAUCUCGUUGCCGUCCUGGAAAAUAAAGUUACACAGUUGUUAAAUAAUAAUGAGUUUAAUUGAGUGUGAUUAACACCAUGAAAUUUCAAGUAUUUGUCUUCUUGUCAACAGAGAAAUUCAACUGCUAAGACGUCUUCACCAUCCGAAUAUUAUAAAACUUUAUGAUGUGAUUUACGACGACAACAAACAAAAGAUGUAUCCUUUACAGAAAACAAUCACAGGAAAAAUACAUAUAACAUGAUGUAUUUGUGAUAAUAUAAUAUCCGACGAGUGUAUGCUCGCGCUUUUAUCUGCACUGUCUUAUACACAUACACAGGUUUAUUCUCAGCUUCUAUAAAAAUCAACUCAAUGAUUUGGGUGUUAUCGUGUUUCUCAAGUUAUUCUAAAUUCUGUUUCUUUAUUAGCAGUGGUUGGUUUCGAUACCUUGAAUGCUUUAACAAUGUAAAGCGGUAGAUUAUAACAAACUUAAACUAAUUGGUUUGAUAAUUGAAUUUCUUCACAUCUUGACAUGAAUAAUCUUGUUUGUUUGGCUAGCAUCAAAAUUUAUCCAUACAAAAUCACAGCUUUAUCACAUGAUUGUGGGAUUCUGAAAUAUCCUUGCUUGACUAGUUUUCACUGUAAUACCCAAUUAACCCUUAAACUCCCACAAGUGGUCAGAGUCAAACUCAACAAAAUGUCCAAAUUUCAGUUUUAAAAUGCUGAAAAGCAAAUGUAACCUCGGAAAAAUUGUGCCAAAGAGGUUUUAUUUCAAUCUUCACACCACAGGGUUUCUUCCACAGACUUAAAAAAUUAGAACAACCUUCAAACAGGCAAGUCUCCAUCAUUCACCCUGGGAUUUAAAAGGGUUAAGCCCACUUGAGGAAGGCUUAACUUUUCUGAGCUGUUUGAAGGGGGUAUGCAUUGCUUAAGGAAAAAAAAGGGAAAUGACUGUACUAGAAUCAGAAUACCCUUUACAAGGUUACCAGAUGCAAUUUUGUUCAAAGUUUUAUUUUCUGAUCCAAGUGGAGGUGGGCUUAAUCUUUCAUGAGUCUUAUGAGCAUGGGAUAUAUGGAAACAUUCUGUGUGUCAAACUUCUGAAAAUUAGGUGAAUUUAGUGUUGUUCAAUUAUUAGAGAGAAGUAGAACCACACCUUUUUAGAGAUUUAGAAUGCCAUGAUUCUGAGAAUGGAACAGCAAUUGUUUUUUGUUUUAUUUUUGUUUUUGUUUUUGUCCAUUUGUGUGUUUGUUUUUGAUAAUUUUCAUUUCUUUUUUGCAAUAAUUGAGCCUUUAAUUUUAACCUAAGAGCUGAGGAAAUCACCAGGGAACUGGAACAUCUUUAUCAAAACCAUGAGUUACAUACGUACACAAGAGCUUUAAAAUAGUGAAAGCAACAAUAACAACAACAACAACAACAGCUAAAACACUGCAAUGACUAUGCAUGAGAGUCGGUGGUAACAAAAAUUAGUAAUGACAUGAUUUACAUUAUUCAGACCUUAACAAGCUAAGGUACAUGAUAAUGGAAUACUGUGUGGGUGAAUUACAAGAGAUGCUGGAUAAAGUUGAGCAACAUAAGUUUCCCAUUUGGCAGGCCCAUGGGUAAGUAAUAUUUAGGGGCUGUUUACAUGGGGGAAGGAAGAUCCUAGCACCAUGAAGAUGCUAGUAGGCGGAUCAUCCUAGCACCAUAUGUUUUCUGUAUUCAGUUUACAUGCAAGAAGUUGUACUUGUUGCUGGUGUUAGGAUCUCCAUAGCUGAGGGGUAGGAAGAUCCUAGCACCAAGUAAACUGCUUUUGCUGGGAAGAUCCUAGUACUAGGGACAAACCACUCAAAAAUGGUGGCAGGUUGUUCAGUGGGUAAUUGUUCAUCUUUAGUUCCUUCUCUAUUGUUAACCACACUGACAAAAAUUUCUGCAUGUAAACCCAACGAAAAGUUGUCCCACCUUCUAAGAUCGUCCUGGUACUAGGAUCUUCCUCCCUCAUUCACACCUUCUGAUAGGGUGUGAAAUAUAUUGGAACAUUAUGCAGUGUUUCUAAGAUAUUUUCUUAUGCACCAGAAAAGGUCUUCACAUGCAACACUGUCUUAUUGUCAUGAGACUGACAGCAACAUAAUGAUUUCAGAGGCACUGCUUUCAGUGCUAAUUUACAAUGAAGCCUAUAAUGCCAAACACCCUGAAAAUUCUUUUUUUCGCUAGAAAUAUCACUGCCACUUCCAGAUUAAAAUAUGAUGUUAUUUCUUUUCCUGUUUGGUUUAGAUAUUUUUGCCAGUUGUUAGAUGGUCUGGAGUACUUGCACUGUCAAGGAAUAGUCCACAAAGAUAUCCUUUUGCAAGUUACAUGUAAACUCUUGUUCUAAAAGAACUGUCUCCUUCAAUACAAACCAUUAUUAGUAACGUAUUGUAUUUCUAAGGUGGGCUGUUACUAAGAUUUCAACCAGCUGGGUAUAUGCAAUUUGUAAGCAAGGAAUCUAACAGCUGGGAAGUUCUUUUGAUUCUAUUAUCCUUUUUGUUUCCUUUGAAAAAAAGCGGAGGUCGUGCUCUUUAUAGUCACACUGGGUGCAAAGAAAGUCGUGUCCUAUAGCCCAACCAGUGGAUUUUGCAGUAAGUUGAAGUGGCAAAUUACUGUAUGUUUUUUACUAGCCCUUUGGUAAGCUGUAAAACUGACUUUCUUUGUAUCUCAGUCAUUAUUAUUUUUGUCUUGCCGAGACAGACCUCUACUAGCAGAGAAUCUGUUCAAUAACGCUGUGUGACAUUCAAACAACUCUACCACCAGACCCUGGUAGUUCAAACAUUAGAUAGCAGUAUUCAAUGAAUAAAUCACUAGUGAGAAUGAAGCAAACCAGUGUGUUAAGGCUAUUAUUGAACGGUCAAUGAAUUAAUCAUAUUGGAUGAAUAUUCACGAGUUCAGGUUAACUUGCUUAGUGACAUUUAGGACGAAAUGCCGCAUGCAUUAGAGCAUUAAAAUUUGGCUGGAACUGUUAAAAUUUGUAGACUUUGGUUACCUUGACAAUAUCUACAUAUCAAGCCAGGAAAUUUACUUUUAGCCACAGAUGGAACACUAAAAAUAUCUGAUUUUGGAGUUGCAGAGGUAAGUAAGCAUGCACAUUGUAAAAAACCUAUUUUCCCCAUUAAUUCCUUUUAGACCCAUGUUAAUAAUGUAAUAUACAUGUAAACUACAGGAAUUAAAACAAAAGUCUUGAGUUGACUUUUCCAUUGGUUGCCUGCUAGAAAAAAAGCAUCAUGCAUAAUAUGGUUAGGCUUGACAAUACCAGGUGCUGUUCUAGAAAAUGAGCUCGUACUCCUAAGACCAGGCUCAGGAGACCGCAGAAAUCGAGCCUAAUAACAUAGUUAAUGUGGAGAUUAAACAGCUUUGUCAAAAGCAAAGACCAAUAACAAACUGAUAUAAAAAAAAUUGUGACGAUCAUUUUUUUUUUUUUAAUUUAAUCCUAAAGAGUGCCGAAAAGGUGCGUUUAUUUUGAAACAAGAAGCAUUUAGUUUUGUUUUCUAUCAUAUUUAUUUUUUGUAGAGGUUGGGUCCUUUUGCAAAAGAUGAUACGUGUAGAACAAGUCAGGGUUCUCCUGCUUUUCAACCUCCAGAGAUCGCUAAUGGUCUGGAAACAUUCUCAGGAUUCAAAGUGGAUAUCUGGGCAGCUGGAGUUACAUUGUAGGUGUAAUUAAUGCCCUAUUCACACCAAAGCAUGUUUAAAAGCUGUCUGGUUAAACACGGUUAACUAGUUUAACAAAUUAAAGUAGUUUAACUAGUGUAAGGUUAGCUAGUUUAACAAAUUGAAAUUUGUUUUCUUUGUAAAAGCUGUACUUUUAUUGAUGGAUAGUUUAUCGUAUUUACAUAACACAUUAAAUUCAUUUGAAUUAUGUGGAAAAGCCUGUGUUCUAUUUUUCUGUGACUGUUUUCCAUUUUUUUUUUAAAUCUUAUUUUAAUUAAACAUGCUUAGUUGGUAUGAAUAGGGCAAUAGUUUCAUAUCUAUGGAUAAACUGAAAAUAGUUAUUUGUUAUGGUGUUUUGUUGUCGCUGUUGUUUUUAACCUUGGAAGUGGCUAGUCUGCCAAUACAGCCGUCUCUCCGGAGUCACUCCUCGCUAGAGAGACGUCUGCUCUGAAGGACAGAAAUGCCAUACUGUUGUCUGUUGAUUGAGUAAUUUAAUGUUUACAUAAUUAAGCUGGUAGUCAUGGUGUUCGAAAUGUAAGUUUGUUCGGCUUCUCCCGGUCUGUUAUCCAAGCAUUUUUUUUCUGUUGCCCGUGGAACCUUACGUGAACUUUGCGGAGUGUUCUAUCUUGACGUUAGCCUUACAAGAGGAACUAGCACACCCUCCUGUGGUUAAAUUGCAUUGUUAUCGUUUUUUUUCAUUCGCUAGGUACAACAUAACUACAGGGAAAUAUCCUUUUGAAGGAGAGAAUAUAUAUAAACUGUUUGAAAACAUAGGAAAGGGCGAGUUUACAAUCCCUGAAGGAGUAGACGAUACCUUAGCUGAUCUAUUGAGAGGUACUGAGGAAAAAAAAAAAGACUGAUAGUAUUUCUUUUUCUUUUUUUCAGAGACUUUUAGAUUCUAAGACGAGGACAACUACGAGAACGAGAUUUUUUUACUGACUUAGUGACUAAGUAGUAUGCGCGCUUGAACCAAUGUCUUUUUGGCGGGAAAAACAGUGGUAGCCGUCGUCAUUCUAUUACAGGUUUUAGCAAAAACGUCGUAGUAACCGAACCAAGUUACAAAUGUUAGAGGUUUUAUUAUGCGAUUGCGAGAGUUCUUAACCUCAUUCAAUAAAAAUUACUGUGUGAACGUUUCCUGCUGGAGAAACGUACAAUGAACCUUUCCGGGGUGAUUAUUUUUUGAGAAUAAUUGAAAAAAAAUUAAGUCAAAAUCUCGUCUUCGUGGUCGUCCUCGUCAUCGAAUCUAAGGUCUGCGUUGUUUAUUUUAAGCGAUAGACUUAACCUAUUUUGACAUAUAACUUACAGCUGUCGGUCUUUUUGCCUUCUGUGGCGGUUUGCGGCUCUUGAUGGGCCCUUAAAUGUGAUCUACCAGGGUUGGUAUCAUGGUGAAUGUAACGGAACGGACGUACGGCAAAAUGGAAUCUGUGAGGCAGAUACCGUAAACGUAGUAUAGUCAAACCUGUAUUGAGCGGUCACCGUCUAUCAAGCAAACACUUACUAAAGUCUCGGAAAUCAUUUCUCUUAUGUAAAACUGACCUGUAAUAAGCUGUCACAGUCUGUUGAGCGUACGCGUCAAUUUGACAAGAUGUACCGUUCUCGAGCAGCAGAUACACUGUCUACUGGGUGUGUAUAGCGUGUGGUCUUUUAUUAUCCGUAUUUAUUUAUUAUUAUUAUUAUUAUUAUUAUUAUUAUUAUUAUUGUUAUUAUUAUUAUUAUUAUUAUUAUUAUUAUUAUUAUUAUUAUUAUUAUUAUUAUAUUUUUGAGUGCAAUUAGGAGAAGAAACGUUUUGAGGCCAUUAUGUAUCUUCAUAAUGGUCAACCUUUAUUAUGGGACAGUAAGCCAUUCCCCAGGGGUGACAACUUAAUACAGGUGUGACUGUAACCUGUUAUUCAUCCUCAUAGGUAUGCUAAAUGCAAACCCAGACAACAGACUUGCAAUUCAGCAGAUACGCCGACACAGGUAAGGUUGCCUAUUGGUACACUCAGCAUUUCUUUGGUUAUUUAGGGCGUGGCGCGACACGUGAAGGAGUUAACCUUUCGACAGCUGCACACUUACUGGCGUGUCUACUCACGUUAUAUCUAUAUUAUACCGAAUGGCUUCUCGUGCCGACAUGGAAAACUACCGGGAUCAUUAUGAAGGAUAGUAGUCUUAAAUGGCAUCCAUCUCUUCGCCCUAACCCCCAACGGGCGGCAAGGCGAUUGGGGAUGGGGCGAAGAGACGGAUGUCAUUUCAGACAAGAACGAUAGGGGAAGGGUAGGUGGGCAGUUUCCCAGAAACGUAUAAUGAACCAACGAUAGCUAGCGGCACAGAACCGGAGCCAGAAAUAUUUCGUAAGUGUUGACUGUAUUGUGACCAGUCACAUUGGUUGUCUCGGCACACACGGCAUCCACAAAUGGAUGUUACUAAAACGAGGAACGGGGAACUGGAAGUUAAAAAAAAAAUAAAUAAAUAAAUAAAUAAUGAUUUGGAGGUAGCACAUCCGCAAAGUGGUUCUUCGUCUACCUGAUUCCUGGUCGAAUUGGAAUUUGGAAAUGUUGGUUUUUCAGGAGAGGGGAAAACCGGAGUACCCGGAGAAAAACCUCCAGCAAACUCAACCCACAUAUGGCGUGGACGCCGGGAUUUGAACCCGGGCCACAUUGGUGGGAGGCGAGCGCUCUCACCAUUGCGCCAUCCCUUGCUUCCCUAGCCCUACUAGUAACUAUUUUUUUUUUUUUACCUAUUCUCUGUUUCCUUCCAAUUUUAAUCUUCCCGAUCCCCGUUUUAGUAACAUCCAGCUAAAAUUUCUCGUGAGAUAUUUAUCUCACUUCUGAUUGUGAUUUUCCUCCUUUGGACGCGUGUAAGUUCCAAGUAUGAAUUUGGUGCUUGUAAUUUUAGUCGGACACUAGCUAUGUCAUAACAAAGAUAGUGGUUUUCCACCUAAGCAAGGAAGAUAGUUUAGCACAGUGACAGUAUCAUAAAUAACAUCGAAAGGUUUUUCAUUUUUUACUCAUAGAUGGGUUUGUAAGAACCACCUUAAAACCAACGAUUUCGUUCCAAUUCCUCCGCUUGUGGAAGACGAUUUUCUCCGAAGCAUGAGUGUUGUUCCAUACCUUGAAGAUCUACAUAAUUCAAGCCCGGACGAGGAGACCCCCGAGCCACUCAGUUACAAUGAGGAGUCCUUUUCAGCAGGUAUGAAAAUGAUUAUCACUUAAGGCUGUGUUCGCACUUGGUGGCAGGUGCCGACGUUUGAACAACCGGGUAAAGGAAAGCAAAUUCUCUCUGCCUAAUCCGAGAACUGAUUUUGUUUCAUACCAAUUUGGGGGGCCUUGUGAUAAAUCUUCCACGGAUUGUUAGAGCCAUCUUUAAACUACGAGUUGUUGUGGUGUGGUAGCUGCGAUUUGCAAAUGAGCCACUCACUCUUUCACUCACUCCCUUAUCUGUAGACAUGUUCGUAAUUAGAUUAGCCGAACGAGAGCGAAAGAUAUGAAAACGACAGUUCUCGUAGAAAGCGACUACUUACGGAAUAUGCAUCAAAAACCAUGUGCUCUCCAGACUAUUUGUGGACUAUCUUUGGUUCUUAAAUCUAGAGACCGUCCGACUUGGAAGCGAUAUAUUGUUCAUGUUACCCAAGUGCGCUGUCAUCAAAGCAAUUUAGGAGUGCAUUCAUUUACGUAACCUCAUGACACAGUUGUCACUCGCGGUCGCUGUGAUCAAAGGCCUUUCUGAGUAAGCAUCAGUACUUGGUGUUGAUUCUAUAGAUGGUGUAACGCUACGAGUAUCUUGAUUACGCAUGAGCCCUGGCACGGUUUAAAUUUCCAGGAAACAUGACAAAGGAAGAACGAUGCCGAUAAGUCGCGCUAUUUACGUGUUUUUUUCUUUCUUUUUUUUUUUUUUUUUCUUACCUCAAACUUCCCAGUCAUUCUAGCGAGGAAUGGAUUACAGCCUGCGCCAAAAACCGCCCCAUGUAAGAGUAUCCGGACUCCGGAAUCCGAUAAAUUUUUGUUCCUUGAAUCCGGGAUCCUGGGCUUAGGAAUCCUAAGCGGGUGUCCUUAAAACGACUGCAAUUCUUCUCAGCCAAUUUCUGUUUACAGUCGAACUUUGCUUUUUAGUGAAGUGAUCUUACAUUAGCCUGCGAAAACGGCCGUUUCUCCUCGCUCCUCGCCGCUGGCGACGUUUCGCCAGGAGGAACGUCUGCGACUCAGGGUAGUAGUCAUGGGGUUCCAAAAGCAAAUGUGUUCAAUUUUGCGUUUCCCUUGGUCGAUUUUGGUAAAGUUUUGUGUUCAUCUGAAAACGAGCUCCAGCAAAACUCAAAUGCUUCUUCUAGAGAAGAAUGAAGUCCAGAAAUAUUCAUCACUGUUUUGUUAUAGAUUCAUCGCGUUUACAUUUGACCUUUGUAGCCUUUUGUCUUUUGUCUGUCAUUCGUAAACAAUAGCUAAAACAAUGUAACUACUCCGUCGACCAAUCAGCUCUUCUGACCGGAUUCCGGACAAAUUUUACGUCAUCAGUUAUGGAAACGGCUGUUUUCGCAGGCUAACCUUACACAGGUGUGUAGGUAGGGUACUUUGGUGAGUAAUUGUUAUGUAUAGUCAUCGUUGCAACCUAAGCAGUGUUACUUUGUUUUGGUGAUGCCCCCUUCCAUGUUUUAUUUAAUAUGUACAUUUCUUUUCUCCAGAUGACUCUAAUAAUAUCAACUCACCCUCCACUCCAAGCAGGAGAAAAUCGAUUUUAAAACGACCCAGUUUUGGAUCCUGCAAGGCCCAGUAAAAUAGAAAAAUUUAGCUUAAAUUUAAAGUGACAUAUUCAAAUACUUAAUUUAUUGUGACAAGUCAGUGUAAUGUGUAUAUUUAUAGAAUUCAGUUGGUGCCGUGUUUGCUUGUUCAACGGUUUCCCAAGAUCGCCUCUUACAUGUUCUAUCCUCUUUUCAUUGUAAAUAAGAUUAAUGAUAACCUUCAAUCCAUACCUCUGGAUUGGUGUUUGGUUCCUACCAAUUUUAUAUACGAGUAUUCAAGUGUAGCAGUUUUUUUUUAAUUAAAAUAUUUGAAGAUCUUAAUUGAAAGACGAAAACUAAAUGCAAGUUCAGGGAACAACCAUUCGAUUUUUGAGAGGAAAAAAAGUACCCUUCAAACAAACUUUGAACAGAAAAACUUACAUGGAGGUAAAGUAUGUAUAUUUACACCGAACGUUUAGAGUAAAAUUUUCGCAUUUGUAGACUUGAAAAAUUAUUUGUCCAAACCGAAUCACUCAACGCCUUCUCCAAGAGUCAAAUGGUUGGUCUCUUAGCCAGAACUAUUCAGAAAUAAUGACUUUACUGCGCAGGCGAACUGCUAGUAGUUACCAAGAGAAAAUGAUGGGAUAGAGGGGGAACUGCCAGUCUAACCCAGACGUAGUUAACCGAUAAACCGAUAAUCGAUAGUAAUCGAUAUCAAUCAUCGAUGAAUAGUAAUUUCCGAUAUCGAUCGAUAGAAAUCGAUAAAGAGAAAAAGUUGUGACCAUGAUAUUCCGAUAGAAUCGAUGAUGAUUCUUUUAUUAAUUGUUAUCUAUUAGUAUCGAUUCCUAUCGAUUGUUAUCGAUUUUGUUAAUCAAUAAUAAUCGUUAAAUUAUUUUUUCUGUAACUUCGAUUUCUAUCGAUUUGCGAUAUUAAUCGGCGGAUUAAAUCGAUUAAUAUCGAUGAUAUCGAUUGAUUUCCGAUAUCGAUUUUAUCGAUUAACUACGUCUGGUCUAACCCUCGGAUUAUGUGAAUUUCACCAAAUUUAUUUUUAGACCAAUUAAACACCUGGAAUUAAUCGGGAGUUGGUUUCCGAAGAGGUCCACAAAGUUUUAAGGUGAUGUUACAAGGGACGAUUCCCAACGACGAUUUUUAGCGCCACACAGCAUUGCAAUGUUGUAACCAUUCGAAACAAUGUCGCAACAGUGCUGUCAAGAGAGAACAAUGGGAGUCUGUGCUCUCUUGGUGUGUCGCCAUUACAAUAUUCUGCAUUGUUUUGCUUUCAGGCGUUCGCGCACGCGAAUUAGACUUCAGUGUAAUUAAAACCUCUAAAAAUAACUUUCACAUAUCCCGGCCAACGCCCUAAGAUUCCCUCUCUGUUCCUUUAUUCCCUCUUGUGGUUACAUGACGAUGGAAACAAAAUAAGCAACAACAGACUUAACAGAUCUUGAUGCCUUGAAGACAAAGACACUUAAGCCAUGGAAAAGUUCUGUCGUUUUUCAGUACGUUAGGACACAACCAAGAUAAUUGGGCGUUUCCCGAAUAAAGCGUGAAUCUUGACCUUAUCUAAAUUUUUAUUUCUUUCAACGGAAAAGACUGGGCAAUUUUGUUAGUUAAUUAAAAUAUUCCAUCAAAAUUCCAGGCACUCUAAAUUUUAAGUAUGUGGGUGAUAUCCCAUGGUGUGACCAUUCAAAUGAAACCUCUUUAGCAGUACUUUCACAUGGUACUAUUUAUUUAGUAUGUACAUGUAGUUCUCACUUUAGUAUGUAGAUCUUUCACUUGGUAAUAUUUGUGAAUGGAAAAUGAGAUGUGGACGUUUUGUCGAAUUUUGACGUUAGCCUUGAAAGUGAGAAACCAGUCAGUGGGUGUACGUCACCAAAAGCCAUAUCUCCUAGCUUCGGUAAGGGUGUGCUCAAAUCAGUUAAUAGAAUACAAAGGGUAAAGGAUAACAUGGUGUUAAAAUAGUGGCAAGAGAAGAUCGCGGAUAUAAUAAGACUGACCAAAAAAGUAAUAAUUUAAUAAUUCUGAAGAGAAUGCUCUGGAGUUAUCACUUGGUCAUACGCAAGAGCUGUAUUCACAGACUCGAAAAAAAACUACCUUUUACAGUAUACUGAACAGUACCAAAGGAAAAUACAAUCGACUCCCGAUAAUUCGAACCCUCAAAAAAAUUAUAAAGAAAAUUGUAAAGAAAUGAAGAUUGCUUCGAGUUAGCGGGAGGUUCGAGUUACCGAGAGUCGACUGUACUGCUCAGUCGCUUUUAUUCGAGUUAUCACACUUACGGAUUUUAUCAACGGACUAGAGAGCAAGAACCACUUCGAUUCGUACAGCGUAAUUGCAAGAAAGCACUGCUCAGUGGCUUAAAUUGAAUGGUCACACCUUGGAACUGCCUAGUACAUAACUCUUAAAAUACAGAACAACCUUAUACAGCUUUUUGAACCCCGAUCUAGGCAGUAUAUAUGUCGUGAAUUGAAAAAAAAGGGGGAUCAAGUAAUUGCUAUUUUACAAAAAUGUUCGUGAGUGAACUUCAAGGUAUAUUUGAAAUAAAAUCAGAUUACAUGAACAUACUUCUUAUUCGUGACGCUUACGUUAUAACCAAAUACACAUGAAAUAAAGGAUUGUUUACAUACAAGGGGGAAAAUCCGACAACCAGAAAGAUUCUAGAAGGCGGAUCAACCUAGUGCAAUGUUUUAUGUGUUCAGUUUACAUGCAAAAAGUUGUACUUGUAAGGAAGAUCCUAGCACUAUUUAAACUGCUUUCGCUAGAAAGAUCCUAGUACUAGGGACAAACCACGCAAACAUGGCGGCGGGUCGUUUAGUGGGUAAUCUUUAAUCUUUAAUUCCUUCUUUACCGUUAACCACACUACUGACCUACAUUUCUGCAUUUAAACCCAACGAAAAUUUGUUCCGCCUUUUUAGGAUCUUCCUUGUUCUAGGAUCUUACUCCCUCCAUGUAAACAGCCCCUAAACAGAAUCACAGAAACGUACUCUCCAUCUCCUUUGAUUACAAUGUCGACGAAGAAUGGGUUAGGGUCCCUCCGCGUCAAACGUGCAAGACGUUUUUGUAGGGAUUUGAUUUGAUAUUAAUUUGAAACCAUGGGUAAGGAUGGCUAUUAUUAAGGGUGUGUGAAGUAUAGUUAAUGUAACCACCUUUUUAUUUUGUCUAAAACAUAAUAAUUUGCUUGUUUUCGUUGUGAAUCCCCGGUACCCGGUAUCCCAGGCGUUAUGGAGAGGGUAGGAAAUUCACGAGUUGAAGUAUAUGAAAAGGUGGUAAGGUAUUUAAAAGGCUUUUAAUUACAAAGUUUCGAAGAGUCCCGCUG